AUGAGGGGUGCUGGUGCCCGUGUGUUGAUCACCGAGAUCGACCCCAUUUGCGCUCUCCAGGCCUGCAUGGAAGGCUUCCAGGUGGUGACGAUUGAAGAGGUCGUGGGUGAGGUUGACAUUUUCACCUCUGCGACUGGCAACUUCAAGAUCAUCACCUUGGAUCACAUGAAGAAGAUGAAGAACAACGCCAUUGUGUGCAACAUUGGACACUUCGACAAUGAGAUCGCAAUGGAAGACUUGGAGAACUUCCCUGGCAUCAAGGUCGAGAACAUCAAGCCACAGGUGGAUCGCUUUGUUUUCCCUGACGGCCAUGGUGUCAUUGUGUUGGCAUCUGGCCGACUGGUGAACCUGGGCUGCGCCACUGGCCAUCCAUCCUUCGUGAUGUCAUGCUCCUUCACCAACCAGGUCUUGGCCCAGCUCGAUAUUUUGGAGAAUUGCACCAAGGCAAAGAACUACAAGAACGACGUCUACCUGCUGCCAAAGAAGCUUGAUGAGAAGGUGGCGGCCCUCCACCUGCCAGCCCUGGGUGCCAGCCUGACGAAGCUCUCCAAGGAGCAAGCCGAGUACAUCGGCGUGAAGCCCGAAGGUGUCCUCAUUGAGACCCUUCAUGCUUUGGGCGCCAAAGUGCGCUGGUGCUCUUGCAACAUUUUCAGCACCCAGGACCAUGCAGCUGCAGGCAUUGCCAAGGCUGGCACUGCGACAGUCUUCGCAUGGAAGGGAGAGACCCUGCCAGAGUACUGGUGGUGCACUGAGCAGAUGAUGACGGUGCCAGGUGCUGAUGGUUGCGACCAGCUCGUGGAUGAUGGAGGUGAUGCUACUUUGCUGGUCCACAAGGGCAAGGAGUUGGAGGCGAAGUUUGCCAAGGAUGGCAGCCUCCCUGAUCCUGCAAGCACCACCAACGCCGAGUUCAAGUGUGUCUUGCAGGUGCUGAGGGACUCCAUCCAAGCCGACAAGACCAAGUACACCCGCAUGGCUGCCAAGUGCAAGGGUGUCAGCGAGGAGACCACCACAGGUGUGCAUCGCCUUCGCGAGAUGGCAGCCAAGGGUGAGCUGCUUUUCCCUGCCAUCAACGUCAAUGACUGCGUGACCAAGUCCAAGUUCGACAACGUGUAUGGCUGCCGCCACUCUCUGCCUGACAGUAUCAUGCGCGCCACUGAUGUGAUGAUUGGUGGAAAGCGCGCCCUCGUGGCAGGCUACGGAGAUGUCGGAAAGGGAUGCGCCUUCGCCAUGAGGGGUGCUGGUGCCCGUGUGUUGAUCACCGAGAUCGACCCCAUUUGCGCUCUCCAGGCCUGCAUGGAAGGCUUCCAGGUGGUGACGAUUGAAGAGGUCGUGGGUGAGGUUGACAUUUUCACCUCUGCGACUGGCAACUUCAAGAUCAUCACCUUGGAUCACAUGAAGAAGAUGAAGAACAACGCCAUUGUGUGCAACAUUGGACACUUCGACAAUGAGAUCGCAAUG